AAAGAUUCGGGAACGCGGCCCACAAUGCCCUUGAGAAACUACAUUUCCCGAUAUGCAAAGGGAAGGCAGUGCCUGCCUGUCUCGGGCGACGUGGUCCUGGACCGGCCUAAGGACUACGACUCCCGGCGUACCCCGCGGCCCAAGGCCAGAAGGGCCCGGAUCCGGAACCGGAUGAGGCUUGCUGCUCCAGUGCCCGCAGCGCUGGGGAAAUGGCCACGGGAACAGACCAGGUGGUGGGACUCGGCCUCGUCGCCGUUAGCCUGAUCAUCUUCACCUAUUACACCGUCUGGGUGAUUCUCUUGCCAUUCAUCGACAGUCAGCAUGUCAUCCACAAGUAUUUCCUGCCCCAAGCCUAUGCCGUUGCCAUCCCACUGGCUGCUGGCCUCCUGCUGCUCCUGUUUGUGGGCGUGUUCAUCACCUACGUGAUGCUGAAGAAUCAGAAGGUGACCAAAAAGGCCCAGUGAAGGCCCAGCACGGAUGAGGCUGCCGGCCCCUUCUCUGCUUCUUCUCCAGGGCAGACCAAGGGUGGGGGCCCAGAGGACCCAUCCAGGCACUGAGGGCCCCUCAAGCCUGGCUACCCUGCAGACACCCUUGUGGGAUGGAGCUGCUCAGGACUCACCCCUGACUGACCAGAGCCCCUGCUCACCCUUCCAGAAGCCAGGAGGGAGGAGUCCCUGGAAGUCUCGCUCUCACCCUCUUCAGGUUCAGGGCCUGGAAAACGCCGGUCCUCCCCACCUCACUUUUCAGACUCCCUGUCGCUUUUUCCUCUGGCUUCUACACUCUUGCCUCAGUUUCCCUCAUGUCACAUGCUGUUGCUGGACUUGGCAGGUUCUGGGGCGUCACGAGACCUCUCCCCCCAUGUCCUGCUCCUCUACAAAGGCAGCUUUCCCGGGUCUGACAUACCCCAGACCCCACAAGGAUUUCUGGACCUGGAAAGCCUAGGGGGAGGCCUGACAGGCCCCAGAGCCCAUUAGGGUGGCCACACGGGGGGUCCCUGGAUUGACCGCUUCUCACGGAGGCCCAGCCCCCCAGCCUCAGUGCUGGCCUGUUGGGGAGAGCUGAACAAUAAACGGUGGUGGUGUGUUUGUCUCAGUGCCAUCCCUGACCAGGGGGCUGGGCCGCUCAGGGGCUGGAGAGGGGCUGGGCGCUGGCCUCUGCGUUGGUCUCAGGUCAGGAGACCCUGGUUUGUGCAAUUGGUGCCUCAGAUGCCUCCUGGAUCAUCUGUGUGCUGGACACAGGAUAAAGCAGGGACCGGGACCGGGACCGAUACGGGUCUGGCCUGGCGCAGCUGAUGGCUGGGGAGUCUGUGGAGGCACGGCAAUCUGCCAGACGCCACAUCAGCGUCUACCAGGUCUCCCCCGUGCCAGCCUAGCCAGCUGGCACUGGUAUUUUACGGACCCUCAGGCUAGUCCCCGAAAAGGCAAGCCUGUCAUCUGUCUCCUGUACCCAGCAGCCCAACUUAGCGUGGCUCUGAGCAGAGGGCUGUUAUGAGCCAGAGCAGGGCUGGUUCCACUGUGUUCAGGUUAACCGGCACAGGCCCCAGCCUUAGUCCCUGGCAUCCCACCAUGCCCCACUGGGCAGCCAGCUCUCCCGUUCACAGUGUGAGCCUCCACCCCUCACACCUUGGACAUUCAUUCUUCUUCCGGUUAGCAAAGGUGUCCCCCUCAUCAGAGAAGAGAGACCAACUGCAGGCGCACCUGCCCUGUCCUUACCUGUUUCUCUCCAUCUUCCAGUCCAGGCAGAGCUGCCCACCUGGACUCUGGGUCCUGUCCUCUCACACUGCUAUAGCAGGAGCCUCCUGUCUGAUGAUCUCUCUCAAGGGAACAGCCUCUGCCUUUCAACAAGGUCCCCCAGUGUUAAAUGAACAUGUUACGGGCUCCGUAUAAGGGACCCUCCAUCAACCCAGUAAUUCCCUCCGGGUCUCUCCCGCGCCUUCCCCUCCACUGCCAAACUUCCCAAAAGGGUAUCCACACCCGCUUCCUGCAUUUCCUCACCCCUGCUGUGCUUGGCAGCAUUCCAGGGGGGCUGCACUCAGACCACCCGUGACGUCCAGUCUUUAAAUCCAAAGCACAUUUCCUUGACCCCUCUGCUACAUUUGGUCGGUGACCUCCCCCCGGGACACCCUCAGACGCUGGAUGACCCGUUCUCCUACUUUAUGCUCUCUCUGGCACUCAUGCUCCUCUGCCCCGAGAGGGUGGGUUCCUCGGGACUCAUCACAGGCUGUUGCACCUUCUGGGUGACCUCAUCCUUACCCAGGCUCACCUCUAGCCCAGCUUUCUUCUGAGCCCCAAAGUAUUUCACGUGCACCAGCUGCCCACCUGAGAUCCCCAUCGGCUGUUGUAGUGACACCUCAAAUCCAUCCUGUCAUGAUCUGAAUUCUCAGACUUACCCACUCUCCCCCCGCACAAAUCUGGCGCUUCUGUCCUGCCCUGCCUUAGCAUCAUCAUCCUGUAUCCCUGACGCACAGCCAGAAGCCUGGCAGACAUCACUGACCUUGGCUUUCCUCUUCCACGCCCCCAUCCACAUGACCCCAAAUCCUGUCAAUUCUCCCCUUCCCCCGUCACCUUCCAGAUGCAAAGCCACUGUCCCCCGCCCUAAAUCACCAAAGGCUUCCUCACUGCUCUCCCCUGCCCACAAUGGCCCCCUCCAAUCUGACUGCACUACAACCAGUGGCCUUUUGAAAACAUCUGAGCAUCUUUUCUUUUUUUAAUUUUUAGCCGCACCACGCUGCAUGCGGGAUCUUAUUUCCCCAACCAGGGAUCGAACACGCACCCCCUGCAGUGGAAGUGCAGACUCUUAACCACUGGACUGCCAGGGAAGUCCCUGAGCUUUUUUUUUUUUUU